AAGUUUAAAUCUCUGUUAUUAUUAUUUGUAAGCAUGUGUUUCAUCUCUUGUUUGAAUGUUGCACGGUAUGUUUGUGAGAGCGGUUGCUUGACAGCAUGUAAUCAGAGCCCUUUUAUGAUUGGAAAAUGAUGCAAUGACACAUGACCGGUGGGAAAGGUUGUUGACUGUUAUGAGGAGGGUGUACAGAGUGACAUAGAGGGGGCUGUCCUAAUUAAACCUGGGCCAUGCUUUGAGCUUGUCCGGAGAGCUGUCAUCAAAGAGCUACUUGCAUCAGAUCACUUUCACCACACCAAAUACUAGAUGCAUUUGGAUAAAUUUCUACACACAGUGGGCCAUUUCUAUGUGUGUUAAUGUAUUUCAGACAAUCAGUCAAUCAGAGAAAGAAUUACAGGAUUUUAUGAGGUUAGCAGAUCAGGAAUGAUUAAAACAGGAGAUAUUUUUGGAAGUUUUUGCUGUCUUUUUCUUGGACGCUGCUUUCAAGUGGCUUCAGAGCAAUGGCUAGUUGUGGAAAAUGUGAUGUGCUCUUGCGCCUAUUUGUAGGCCUGCUAUAAAUAGGGUCCUGCUGGCAACACAUGCUCUGCUGUGAUUGACAAUUCUAGUGCUACUGGGACAGCAGGCUCCAAAGAACAGGCAAAGAAACAUACUAAUGUAGUUCUCCAAAUAGUUACGAAGCGGAACUUUACAUUUUGGUUCCAAUCGCCCAGAGAUCCAAUCGCCAAUCGCCCUGAAUUAAAUUCAGCAGAAAUACUGAAACCCCACAUAAAGAGACUGGUGGGUUAUUUGGACUGUUGAAGUUAUUUCUUUUGGACAAUGACAUCCAGGAGACCCAUGACCCGUUCUUACUCUGGAAAUGGGAGAUCGGGAAGCCAAAAUGGGGAGGAUGUUUCAUCGGCAAGCGGAAGGUCAGAGAGCCGCAACUACCUCUCCAACGUUAGGCCUGAAAACAGCUUUUCAACUCACAGGUAUUCAAACUACAGGCCGUCGAGGAGUACAUUAUGUACAGUCAUGGCUCAAUUGACUGAAGAGACCCAGCCAUGCUUUGAGACCACCAUAAAAUCGAAGGCAGUGUCAGAAUCAUGCAAUGUCAAGUUCUCUUGUGUGGUCACAGGUUACCCAGCUCCUGAGUUGACCUGGUACAAAGAUGACAUGGAGUUAGAUCGAUAUUGUGGUCUUCCCAAAUAUGAAAUAUUUCGCAAUGGAAAAAUUCACACACUCCACAUCUACAACUGUACAGAAGAUGACGCAGCCAUUUAUCAGGCCUCAGCGAGGAACAGUAAGGGCAUCGUCUCUUGUUCUGGGGUGCUGGAGGUGGGCACCAUGAGCGAGUAUCUGAUCCACCAAAGGUUCUUCGCCAAACUGAAACAGAAGGCUGAGAACAAGCGACGAGAGCUGGAAGAGAGUCGACGUCGGGGUAAGGAGAACAUCAAGAAGGAACAAUUAAAUGUGAUUAACCAGGAACGCUUACUAAGGAAGCGUAGGAUUCCUGCUGGGAACGACACGCUGAGCUCUUCUCCCACAACCCAGGAUGGAGAGGAGAACGUAAGCUCCCAAGGGACAGAUGAAGAGCAGCCUGCAAGCAUAGAUGAUAAGUCUGAUAAUAUCACGGUACAGGCUUCUGUAGGAAUAACAGAGAUGAAAACAGAGAAUGGUACUGAGAAACUCGACCGUAUCUGCGAUCCAAUGGAGGUGGUCUCCACAAAGCAGUCUGCCAAAGAGAAACCGGGUGAAAAGAAGAUGCGGAUUACCAAUGGAUUUGAUGAGGUGGGUGUUAUCAAAACCACCCAGAGCAACACAAAACAAGAUGAUGCUAAUGAAGGAAUGAGCCUGGCAAAAUACUUAGCUGAGUCUGUGCAGUCACAAGCUGCUGAGGAACAUCAGAGUUCUGCAAAGUCACAGGAGAUCAUGGUUGUCGAUGUUAGACCAGUCCAAGAAAAAGAACGAGAGCUGGAGAUAGAAAGGGAAAGAUUAAAAGAAGAGAGGAACCGUUCACGGGAAAUUGAGCGGGAGAAAGAACGAGAGAGAUCCAAAGAGAGAGAACGAGAGAAAAUUAGGCAAACCGAACAAGAACAAAGAGCUACAUCUGGGCCUUCAACCAAAGCUGCAUCACACAAAGAGCCAGAACCUCAACACAAGUCAGCUCUAACCUCGGUUUUUCACUCCCUAAAGGACAUAUUCUUUGGCAAAAGCAAGAAGUCAGAGACAGCGGAAACCACAAAGAGAACUAGUGAAGUUAUCAUAGAAAAAGAAAUUCCACAACACCUUCCUCCCUCACAAACACCUCCUCAAGGGUCUUUGGUCUAUAGUGAGGCCUCUGAGCUUGAGGCACCAAAGCUGGUCCAAGAAUCAUCUCAAGUGGUGGAUUUGAAAGUAAAAACAAAGCCUUUACCACAAACACAAGACUCAAUCGUCCAUAAUGAUAUCAUAAACUCCAAUUCAGCUGAACAUAUUUCUGAAUUUCACGCAAACAAACUUGAGGAUGUGUCUCCCACCCCUGAAAGAGAGCAUGUUGAGAGUAUUGGAGCAACGCUUAGACUUUCUGUAGGGGAGAAUGAGAUGCCAAAGGACGAGAGUAGUCCAGAGGAAGUCCCGCAGAUUGAUCAAUCCCUGCUUCUCAAGGCUACAGGUGACCAUACUAAACCUAGUGACAUUGAUGUUCCUGGCUCUGUGGGAUUGGCCAAUCCUCCAUUUGAGACUGAAAGGUUGGAAUUUACCUAUCCUGAAGAUGAGGUCAUGCGAGGUGCUGAGGAAAUGCAUAUUUUAGAGGAACAGGGGGGCUCAGCUGCCCCCCUGAUAGACCUCAUCAUGGCAGACCUGGAAAGCACGCAGUGUUGUGAGAGCCAGGCAGGGUCUCAGCUUUCACAGCUUGCCGACUUUGUCCCUAACGAAGUGCACACUGAGUCCCAGUCAGUGGAGCUGAGCGUAGAAGAGAGUAAAGAGCCAAACGAGAAAGUAAUUCCUCAUAUGGAGGAGGAAAGUGUUAUGAAAACGCUAGAGGGAGGUUCCCUGACGUGGAAAAAUACAGAGGAGAUAAAUGGUGAAAUAGAAGGGAAAUCUUACACUGCAGGGGGAAAUGAGUCGGUGAGUGACUUUGUCAUAAAAGAGUCAGUCCUUCCUGUAGUUGUAGUGAAUGAAAGAGAACAUGAAAUGAAUGAUCAAAAUUCAUUGUCGCCAGCAUUGGGGCUAAGUCAAGAAGGGGAUUCCGUCGCUCUUGUGUCUGAGAGUGCAAUGGAAAUUGAUUUUAAACCAGAAGAAAAAUCGAUGCCAGCACUAAAUGUUAGUUUAACAGAGAAUAAAGAAGCUGCAGCUGACUCUGCUACAGUGAAUGAUUUUAAUAUGGAGGAUAAUAAAAGCAUUCCAAGUCAGGGUAGGAGUGCUGAAGAAAAGGGAAAAAAUAGUGGUAAAGAAAAGACUGAGGAAAGCACUGAGGGAAAAGACAAUGCUAAUGCUGAAAAACUAAAGGACGAUUCCAGUCGCCCAAAGAAAGAUGAUGUUAAGACAAACAAUAAUGUUGUUCCAGAGACAGAAGCAUCUGUUUUAAUUCCAGAGAUGGAGAACCCCAAAAGUCCAAGACGAGGUGAAACUGAGUUUAUAGAAACUCAACCGAGGCCACACAAAUUAGAUAAACCAAAACUCUUUACAAAAGCACAAGCAGAGAGACGUUUGACUGAGAAGGACCAACCAUCAGUCCAACCAAUCAUAAUACUCCCUGAUACAAGAGAAACUGUCAUCAAGAAUGUGGCAAAAAAGAGAUCUACGCCACUCAUCCCAGAAAUCAAGGUCACAUUGCCAGAAAGAGUCAAACGUGAAGAACUUGUUAUUGCACCUAGAAGUGAAAUUCUGAAAUUAGAGCCUGAGAGAGUUAUGCAACCUUUAACACAAGAGGUGGCACAGAUAUUUAGAGAAAAGGAAAGACAAAUGGAUGAUGCCACUAGAGCAUCAGGUGAAGCAACCUCCAACAGCGCCUUAGUUACUCCAGAUCUUUUGGGUGUGGCAAGGAACACUCAAUCAUCACCUUCUGUGGAGAGAACACAGGAAAUUAAACCACAAAAUCUAGAAGCAAGAGUGAGAGGUGGAGAAGAACAAGGAAGUAUCAACACUGGGCGGGGUAGGGAAGAUGACAUCAAUAUCCCUAUAAUCAACAUAGCAUGUGCUGAUGACAACACAACCACUCUUGAACAAGAGCAAACUCACAGCCACCCCUCACUUCCUGGCAUAGUAAUCUCACAAGAUAUUCCUCCCAUUUCUGUCACAAAUGCAGAAAGGCACACCGAUAACAAAAAAGAUGACCCUGAGACUUUAGUUACUAUGCUGAAAAGUGAAAGCAAUCAACAUGGUCCAGUUGCUACUUCUGUGAAACCAAGAGAGCAGCUCAUAUCCCAGCUCCUGAGUCCUGAUAUGUCUACAAAAACUCUGCCUAGUAUUACUAACCAAGACCCAGAUAAGGUUCCCCAGCCGAAAGACACAAAAGUAGAAUCUGAAUCUGACAGACUUCAAAAAGACAAACCUUCCAUAGAGAAACUUAGCUUAGCAGCCCCUGUGGGACCUACACUCCCUCCACUAAGUCCUGCCAGUUUGCGAAGGCUAAUGGCAAAGAAUAACCCAAACUUAGAGAAUCAGGGGUCCAUCUCAGCUGCAUCAGUGGAUGGAAGUGAGAAGAAAGGGGAAGAGAGUGGAGGAAGUACACCCACAUCCACUCUGUCCUGUGAGAGUAGCCCAAAGAUGAAGCGACGAGACAGUCUAACCCUAAUACCCUCAGCCACCCCCGAGGAGCUGGCUUCUGGUGCUCGCCGCAAAAUCUACCUCGCCAAAACCAAGUCUGAGGAUGAGGGAUCUGAUACGCAGGGUAAGAGGGAUAGUCCGUAUAUGUCGCCCAGUCAGGCUCGCAGGGCGGCUUUCCUGCAACUUCAAAGUGGGCAGCAAACACCACCCAUAGAAAGACGUUCGCCAUUGAUGGCCCGACGCAAGGCCACGCUGGAGGUGCCGAAACCUAAGGAGGAGAUGGCAGAGGUGACAGACAGCACAAAGACAGAAGACAAACCAGCAGAAAAGGAGAAGCUGGACCCCUUCAAAGCUCCUCAGGUUAUCCGCAAGAUUAGGGGAGAGCCCUUCUCAGAUGCCUCAGGCCACUUGAAGCUGUGGUGCCAGUUUUUUAACAUUCUUAGUGACUCCAUCAUCAAGUGGUACAGAGACGAAGAGGAAAUUGUUGAGAUGGAAAGACGUGCUGGGGAUGAGAGUCCAGUGGCCCUGGCCAUAGUCCAGGCUUCCAGCAGAGACUGCGGAGUAUAUGGCUGCUCAAUCAAGAAUGAAUAUGGGACUGACAUCACAGAUUACUUACUCAGCGCAGACAUCCUGGCAGAAUUUUUCUUAAGGGAAGAUUUAGAAGUUGGAGAAGAGAUUGAGAUGACACCAAUGAUGUUCACCAAAGGCCUGGCAGAUUCGAGUUACUGGGCUGAUAAAUUCUUUGGUCGCAUCAUGACAGCAGAGGUUCAGAUUGGAGAGGGAUGCAUACACAAGACCUGCAGGGCAAAGGUCAUCUAUGGUUUGGACCCUGUCUUUGAGUCAGGCAGCACAUGCAUCACUAAAGUGAGAAAUCCCAUCGCAUAUGGGGCCAAGGAGGACAGCAACCUGGCCGAGAGAAAUCUAGAGAUCACCAAACAGGACUGUAAAAUCCAAAAUACUGUUCGGGAGUACUGCAAAAUAUUUGCAGCUGAGGCCAGAGUGAUCGAGAACUUUGGAUUCUCAUUAGAAGUCAUCCCCCUUCAUCUGAUGUAUCGACCUGCCAAUACAAUUCCAUAUGCAACAGUAGAGACUAAUCUGAAUGGUGUGUAUGUGAAAUACUGUCUGAUGGACAGCAAAGGAAGACUGAUAGCCAGAGCCACCUCUGAGGUGGAACUGAAGUGUUGCACUUUCCAGCACUGGAUCCAUCAAUGGACCAAUGGAAACCUCCUGGUUACCCGGUUAGAAGGUGUCGAUACAAAGAUGACAAGCAUUGAAAUUGUUACUAAGUCUAAAGGGUAUCAAGGCCUCACAGAUAAAGGAUCUCCAAAGAUAAUCGAGCAGUUCAUUACUCAACAUCAGUGUAAUUACUACUGUGGACUUUUGGGCCUAAGACCCUUAAAGCCAAUAGAAUCUCUACAACAGCCAAAAAUAAAGACCUCCAGGAGCCCUCUACUGGCCCGGAGGGGCGUAACAGGCUCAUCCAGCCCUCAGCUUCAGAAGAAAGGAACUAGCCCACAGUCCACCAGGAAAGGCACGUCUAGCCCCAAAGUGGUUAAAAAGACAGGUGAAGCUGGGGAGAGCAAUUCCACCACCAAACACAAAGCUGUGGAGGUCCCAAAAACUGUCAGGAUGAGGUAGAAAGGACUAGAGCUCUUGGAAACAACAUGCAAAGCAAUGUCUAUAGCUACUGUUGUACAGGAAAAAUGGCUUCCUGUAAAUGGAUUCUGUCUACUGUCUUUGCACAUAGUGUUUAAAAUGCAACAAAUAAGGAAGAAAUGGCAAUAAAGAUACAAGGAUGGUAAAAGGGUGAAUGACCAGAGGUGUUUGGCCAAUUGUAAUAUUACUGUGAACUGCUUUGCAGCUGUAAGUCACCAUCAAUACCUCCUGAGUGAACCUUCAUUUUAUUUUUAAGAGCUGAAUUAAGGAUAUCCCCUUUUUAAGACUGAAGAAACUACUAAACCUGACUGCCUGUAGAUGGAUGAACAAUGUUUUCAGAUAGACUCUGGAACUUUGUUAUGAUUUAUUUAAAUGUUCCUAUGUCAAGUUUAUAUGACUGAGGAACCGUGAGAGAGGGACUCUUCAAGGAUUCCUCAAACAUCUGUGAUGUAUGUGUCUCAGCUGUGUAGAAAUGCAGCUUUUUUUCGUAGCUGUCGCUGAGGUGCUUUUUAGAGUGGAUUGUUCUGCUUUUAAGGAAAUGGCCGUUAAUCUGCAACACCAGUGCACCGAUAUUGGUUGUAUAUGGGCAAAGGAUUAGUGUCAUAAUCAAUGCAGAUGUGUUUUUAUCUUAAAUGUGU